CGCCCCGUGCCUUGAGACCCAGUCAUCCAAAACAGCCAUGUCGAAGGACGAAGCGGGUUGCAAACUGGCCUCGGUCUACAAGCACAAGGAGCGGAAGCCCAAGAAGCCCCACUACAUCCCUCGGCCUUGGGGGAAGCCCUACAACUACAAGUGUUUCCAAUGUCCGUUCACCUGCAUGGAGAAGUCCCACCUGUACAACCACAUGAAGUACAGCCUGUGCAAGAACUCCCUGUCUCUGCUGAUCGAGUCUGACUGGCCUAUAAGAAAGGGAACCUCCUCCAUCCGGAGCUCCGCCUCCUUGGCCAUGGCGACCAAUGCCGCUAACCCCAAACAAGACACAGACCAAGAUGGCGGUGGCCACAAGCCUGCCUGCGUGGAAGAUUCGGCUUCAGACAGGAUGAGCGAAGAAACCAACCAGUUCCAAGAAGAGGAGGAGGAAGAAGAGAUGACUGGGUUGUUGCAAGAAACAGAGGCUGGUGAGAAGGAGAAGGCGAGAGAGGCCAGCUGCGACCGGGAGUCCUCCGAGCCGGAAGUGAACACCCUGCUCUUCAGUUUCAAAAACAAAAGGGACAAGCCUUCUUCCAAAGACCCCGCGCCCGACUUCAUCAUUACCGAUGUCUUCUCCUUAAAGAACCAUGUGAUGAAGGGGAAGGAGCCCACCGCCCCUUUGGAACUUGAAGCCAAGCCAAAGCAUUACAGAGUGCCCAAAAAAUGCCCGGCGAGUGGCGGGAUCCUCAUGGAACAAUGGAAGCUGGUCGCCAAUGGGCAAAGGAGAAGCACCAGCGAGGUCCCGGCGCAGUGCGCGGAGGGAAAUAUCAUCCCUUGUUACCCGCCUCCAGCUUAUGGCGAAUACCCUGAGCCUCAAAGUCUCAACCUUUCUUUGCUGGGGAUCAACUACCCACUCAACCCCAACCUCUUCUCUUACCUCAGCCCUUCAGUAGCCAAUAGCACCGCGCCACACUCGCAUCUGGCCCAGCUGCCCUUCCUGGCCUCCACGGCCCAGCUGAUGCACCCGCAUUCUGCUCACUUCCAGCCCCUGCAGGCCCCCGAGAGGUCGGCCUUCCUCCCGCGCUUCUACUACCCCCUGCUCUUCGAGCACUCCUUUGGUUCGGCGGAAAAUAAAAUGGCCGCGGUCAAGCCUGAGGCCCAGCAGCAAGCGGGAGUGGCCGUGCCUGCUCCACCCCAAGCCAAAACACCCACAGAACCCACCAAGGCUGGCCUGCUGAAAGUGCCAGUGUUGAAAAGCAGCCUCCCUUGGGUGAAAGGCUUCCGUGAAGAUGUAUCGCCCGAGCAGAAUCACAAAGCAUUGCUGCUCCAGGAUGAAGAAGAGAAGUGGCUGACCCACGAGAAGGGAGCCAGCAGUGGCCUUCGUAGAAAGCCGGCUGCUGAGGCCUACCGGAGCAUUGUGGGUAUAAAAGAGGGCACUUCCCUUCUCCCCAACAGCGUCAGGAAGGCCGAGUUGCCAGUGGCGACUUGCUUGGAGAGCGGCGGGACCCCCGUCAACAACCUGAAGAGGAAGUUUGCAGGCAACGGCUUUGACUUUGUGAGCUCUGAUGUUCUGAUGCCCGGGAAAGUCACGUACCAAGCCAGCAGCAGUUUGAGAUCCACUCCCACGCAGCUCUCUAAAACCCUGGACCACUGGCACGUGGCGCUCCACACUUGCCCACCGGAAGACCAACAGAAGAACAUCAGCUCUGACAUUUUAUCCCCUCUGAUAUCCGCUUCAGACCAUUUCCUUUUUAAGCCCAGCAAAGAACAAGAAAUAAAAGACCCAGAGGUGACCACAGUGCUUAUUGGGGAUUUGUCAAAAACCUUGGAGGAGUACCAAGAGGUGGAGAAGAAACUUUCAGACUUGGCGAAAGAGGACACCCCAGCACAGAAACAGCUACGGGAGCAGCUGGUGAAAAUCCGGCAGGAGCUUUUUCAUAUCCACCGGGCUCUGGAGAAGGCUUCCAAGCCCAGUGAAGGUCCUUUAGACCUGUCUGUAAAAAAGUCCUCCAAAAGUCUGGAGAGAAGCCACCAGGACAAGAAGGAUCCCAAGGCUAUCCUCGAUAACGAGAAGCUCCCCAGCAGAGACCCCAGCUCUGUCAGCAGAUGUUCAGCAGCCGGGGAAGAGGACGAGGCUUCGAACUACCUUCUUGAGCCCCAGAACAAGACUAUCGACCUUCUGAUCAAAAUGAGCCACACGGAGCAUCUCCGGACCUCCUCGUCCGAGGCCCAUCUGGGAGCAGUGAUAAAAGCGGAGGUGCUUCCCCUCAACGUCCCGCUAGAACUUAGGCAUGUGAUGGAGCCCUACUACAGCCGCACCACCAAAUGCGAGGCAGAUUCCAGCGUCCUGCUGUGCACAGAUGGGAGGUCCAACGCCAGCCAAGUCCCUCCACUUCCUAUGCCCGAAGAAGCCCCACUCGGAUGCAGGGCCAUCCCACGAUCCCUAUCGUGUGGCCUGCCCAACGAGACUGAUGGGGUGUGUAUCCACAGUCCCUUGAACACAGAACCAUGAUCCUCUUGUUGAUACGUGUCCCCAGAGCACUUUUGACUUCUCUGAAAAUCCCUUCUCACACUUUUCCUCCCAAG